AUGGCAGAAAAUGAGACGAUAAGUAUACCGUUUGAAUCCAAUUCCUGCGAGCCGAAUUUAUCUAUUCUUCCAGAAAUUAACGAAAACUAUUUGUUGAAAGGUUUACCAAUAAACUCCAGGCUUGAAUGCGAAAGAAUGGUAGCCAGAAUCAACUACGUCGAUCCAAAAAUCAAAAAAGAAAAAUUGGAAAGUUUCACCGAGAUUAGUAACCUCAAAAAUGAAGGAGUUAUGUGCAGCAACCUGCUUAUUGGCAAUGUUUCUGAAUGUCCCACGCUUCUGAAUUGCCCGAUGAAGUUUUAUUUAAUGCUGAACACUUUCUGUGAGAAAAUUUAA